UGUGGAGAAUUCAGUACUCUCAGAAUGACUGAUCCCAUGCUUGAUCAGAUGACCCGACUCAAGCUCAAGCUGCUGGAGAAGGUCAUUGAUUAUUUGAUUUAUUUAGUUUUUAAAGGUUGGGAUAUCAAAUAAUAAUCUGAUCGUUUACUUUGACAGACAGAAAUGUCAUGUUUUUAACUUAUGAGUGUAACAAAGUGUAGUAAAAGAGGCAAUCUUUUGGAAUGUUGUGAGUUUUGGCUGCACAUGGCCUCUUGUUGGUUAACGUGCUGACUGACUGUCUUCAUGUCCACAGAGACUGGAGAAUGAGAGGGACAACAUGGCAUGUCCACAGAGACUGGAGAAUGAGAGGGACAACAUGGACGGCAGAGCAGAGUCCGUCCUAUCCCCCAGUAAGACUACAAAAUGUUUGAAAAGAAAGCUUGUAAUGAAACGUUGAAGUACAAGCAAACCCUGAUUGUUCGAAUGUGUGUGAGUUUGUGUUGUCUGAUGUUAUUUUAUUCCUAAUUCUGAUUGGCCAGGGAGUUUUGAUGGACAGGCGGAUGCGCUGCACAGCGUGCUUAGACGAAAAAAGGACCUGCUGCAAAGACUGAGGGUAUGACAUCAUUAUUAUUAAGUUAUUUAUCACCAUCACCAUUAUCAUCAUCAUCAAACUCACAUGAUGACUUUAUCUGUGUGUGUGUUGCCUGCAGGAGCAGCACAUGUUGGAGGACCUGAGCAGACCUCACACCUGGGGUGGGACAGGGAGACGAUACCGCCCAGACCUCCUUCCUCCUCCUGCCCCUCUGCCUCCUCCUCCGGCCCCCAUCCAUAUCUACCAGCCUGCCCCUGCACCCCCCGCUCCACCCCCUCCCGCCCCGCCACAGCCCCCACGCAUCAUCCAACAAAUGGUGAGACAAAAAUCCUUCUCUUUCUCUCCCUCUGUCUUCCUCUCUUUCUCGCCCUCUGCUUUUUCUCUCUCUCUAUUACACACAGACAGCUGAUACUAUUUCUCUCUUGGUCUGUAGUUGCCCCAGCAGCCUACUACCUUCAUACAGCAGUUACCACAGCAACAGCCCCUCAUACAACAGAUACCCCCUCCUCAGCCCUACCCUGCACCACGGUCUAGCAGCAUCAAAGAAGGUAAACACACACACAAAUGCGGCUACUUGUGUGUGUGUGUGUGUGUGCAUAAUGUUCAUUUUCAUGUAUGUGUGUGUGUUAGACAUGGUGGAGCUGAUGUUGAUGCAGAAUGCUCAGAUGCAUCAGAUCGUUAUGCACAACAUGAUGCUGAAAGCAAUACCUCCCAUGGCCCUGUCACCCCCUAACCCAGGACAAGUCAGUAUCACACACACCCACAUCAUUUGUCACCCACAUACCCAAGAUCAUGCCUUUUUGGAUUUGUUAUUUUAUUUAUUACUUUUUUUAUCUUGAUGUUGCCCUCAUCCAGGAUGUUGUUGUGAGGUCAGUGGUCAAACCAAGAGGAAAUGCCGUCCACCACCACCAUUACAGCCCCCAGGCCCAAUCGCUCCCUCCCAUUGGCUAUCCCAUGUGGCCCUCGAUGAUGUCAUCACUACCUGAAGGGCAGGGCGGGGCUCAUAUGCCGUCCGUGCAGCAUGUGACCGGCCCCAUCACGUUGCCCCCACUCAACAUGUAUUAG